AUGCACAUCUCCGAAUCGCCACUGGCUACUGCCCUGCUUGUUGGAGACAUCCAACGUAAUGGUGUUGAGAACAUCCCAAAGAGCGCCACUCUCCACCGCCGCGACCCAGACACACCAGUUGCCCCAGCUCGUCACUUUAACAUCGUCACCGGUCGGGGUAGCGUCAGUUUCAACUUUCAACCACCUCCGAUUGCCCCCGCGGUCCCCCCAACUCCGGCCAACCGUGGUAACAACGGUCGUAUUCCACGUCCUCCGAAUUCAUGGAUCCUUUAUCGGUCUGCCAACCACGCCAAGGUCAAGGCUGCCAAUCCCGAUAAAUCCAACAAUGAGAUUUCUGGCAUCAUCUCUUCCAUGUGGUGCGACGAGUCCUUGAACGUCCGUCAACACUAUGCCAAGUUGGCUGAGAUUGCAAAGAAGAACCACAAAGUAGCCCACCCCGACUGGAACUACAAGCCCCGCAAGACUGUCGACAUCAAGAGACGUCGUGGCAUUGCUCGAGCCGUCAUCUCCCGACCUGUCGAGUUAUUCGCUAAGACCAAGGAGACGCUCACUAUAAUCCAAGGAUCCGGUAACCAAGUCGAGAACUCAGUCCAGUCCUUGGGCGGUCUCGAGGCAUCCUGCUACCAAUGA